AGUAUCAACUUGUAUAUUUUAGCGAGCUGUUGAGGCGUGCACCAAAGCAAACCAUUAUUAACUGACAGAAAAAACUAAAGAUACCGAAAGCUUAUACACAGUCUUAGAUAUGAGGUAGGAGCACAGCCUACGCAGACCAAUAAGUGAAGUAAUUCCACUCUCAAGUGGCCAGAUAAAAUUCAGUUACAGUCCCGCACCAAGCCGCGCGUUUAGCAGUUGUUUUUCCCCCUCGAGCGUGCGUAAAACAGAGGACUCAGGGACCGCGAGAGAAAGAAUUCCGAGACAACGAACGUUCCCUGAAUAUGAUCACCUUUCUGUGCCUCGUGCUGUGUGUCCCCCGAGUGCUGUCUUCCACACUGGCCGCCGUCCUGCCCCAGGACCCCGCCCUGCGCAUCGGCUCCAGCCUGACGGCCACCUGCACGGUGAGCCCCGAGCUGGGCCUGCACGCCAGCGCCCUCUACUGGACGCUGAACGGGAAGCGGCUCCCCGGGGGCUCCUACCGCGUGCUGGGCCCCACCGCGCUCGCCCUCACCCUGCCGCGGCUCAACGGCUCCCGCCAACAGUCCGGCGACAACCUGGUGUGCCAUGGCAACGGGGGACACGUGCUGGCCGGCUCCUGUCUCUUUGUGGGCAUGCCCCCGGAGAAGCCGGUGGACCUCACCUGUAGGUCCCGAAACACCAAAGACCUCACCUGCAGCUGGAGGCCUGGAGGACAGGGAGAGACCUUCAUCAGAACCAAGUACACCCUGAAGUACAAGCUGAAGUGGUACGGGCGCGAGCAGGAGUGCGAGGACUACGGCGGCGGGCAGCCCUACUCCUGCUACAUCCCGCGCGACCUCGCCCUCUUCACGCCCUACGAGAUCUGGGUGGAGGCGUCCAAUCAGCUGGGGGCCGCCACCUCUGACGUCAUCGCCCUGGACAUCCUGGACGUGGUGACCACGGACCCCCCCAGCGACGUGCACGUGAGCCGCGUGGGGGAGCUGGAGGACCAGCUGAGCGUGCGCUGGGGCACGCCCCCCGCCCUCAAAGAGUUCCUCUUCCAGGCCAAGUACCAGAUCCGCUACCGGCUGGAGGACAGCACCGAGUGGAAGGUGAUGAAGGACGUGGGGAACCAGACGUCCUGCAGGCUGGCGGGGCUGAAGGCCGGGACGGUCUACUUCGUCCAGGUGCGCUGCAACCCCGUGGGCAUCUACGGCUCCAGGAAGGCCGGGAUCUGGAGCGGCUGGAGCAGCCCCACCGCGGCCUCCACCCCCCACAACGCUCAGCUGCAGACCGGGUCGUGUGACCCCAAGGCGGGGGAGCAGAACUCCACCCUCCGGCGGGAGCUGAAGCAGUUUUUCGGGUGGGUGCGGAAGCACGCCUUCGGCUGCAGCGGGAUGAGCAUCAAGCUGUACGACCAGUGGCGGGUCUGGCUGCAGAAGUCCCACAAAACGCGCAACCAGGUAGAUUCUACCGGGCGAUGAGUCCUAGCAUACCCUCAAGACAGAAGUAAAAAAAAAAUUUUUUUUUUUAAAAGAACUGAAACAUGAGGGAAUUUUGAGUGGGAAAGUCUGCGUUCUGGAAUGCGGUCGGGUUCCACGCAUCGAAGGUUCUGCUGCUCGAGGAGAACCCCCACGGGAACCUUCAGAAGAGCGACUGGCGUGGAGGGAAAUCUCAGCGGUGGUCUGCUUCACAGAGACGCCCGGAGCAGACUCGCAGACCUGAACUAUCUCCUGUUAUACAGGCAACGGACCUCCCAACAAACACAGAACAGUUUUCAGACCAUGGAGAGAGAGAGAGAGAGAGAGAGAGACAGAGAGAGAG